UGCAAUAUCAAUCUAUUCACUUCGGUGGCUUUGUGAAAUUGUGUCGUGGUUUUAUUUAUUGAAUACAGAACACAAAAUACAGAAAACUGGAAAUUGUUUUAUUAAAAGCAAUAAUCAAUAAAUCAGAGACUGGGAAAUACAUCAAAAUUUAUAUACCGGUUAACGGAUAGGUAAACGGCUAGGCUAUAUUGACUGCUCAUAAUGGGGUCGUUGUUUCGCAGUGAAGAGAUGACGUUAUGUCAACUCUUUUUGCAAAGUGAAGCCGCAUACGCAUGUGUUUCGGAAUUGGGCGAACUUGGUUUGGUGCAAUUCAGAGAUCUUAAUCCAGAUGUGAAUGCCUUUCAAAGGAAAUUCGUUAACGAGGUACGUCGCUGCGAUGAAAUGGAACGUAAAUUACGUUAUCUUGAAAAAGAAAUAAAAAAGGACGGCAUACCUAUGCUUGAUACAGGUGAAAGUCCUGAAGCGCCUCAACCCAGGGAAAUGAUUGAUCUUGAGGCUACAUUCGAGAAGCUAGAAAAUGAACUGCGAGAAGUAAACCAAAAUGCGGAAGCUCUGAAACGUAAUUUCCUCGAAUUAACUGAGUUAAAGCAUAUAUUGCGAAAAACUCAAGUUUUUUUCGAUGAGGCGGUACCCUCAAUAAGUUACAAUACAACUUCUCAUUACUCUCGAAAAAAAUGGCGAUAUCUUCAGAUGGCCGAAAAUCAGAACGAAGACGAACAAGCUCAACUUUUGGGUGAAGAAGGCGUUCGCGCAAGUCAACCCGGACAGAAUUUAAAACUUGGUUUUGUCGCCGGGGUUAUACUGCGUGAAAAGCUACCAGCGUUUGAGCGAAUGUUGUGGCGUGCCUGUCGUGGUAACGUAUUUUUACGGCAAGCAAUGAUAGAAUCUCCUCUCGAAGAUCCUUCAAAUGGGGAUCAAGUGUAUAAGUCUGUUUUUAUCAUAUUUUUCCAAGGUGAUCAAUUGAAAACUCGUGUUAAGAAAAUUUGUGAAGGAUUUCGAGCUACUCUGUAUCCUUGUCCUGAAGCACCAGCCGAUCGUAGAGAAAUGGCCAUGGGCGUAAUGACACGCAUUGAGGAUUUAAAUACCGUACUCGGUCAAACACAGGAUCAUCGUCAUCGUGUUUUAGUGGCCGCUGCAAAAAAUCUUAAAAAUUGGUUUGUUAAAGUACGCAAAAUCAAAGCCAUUUACCACACUUUGAACCUGUUCAAUUUGGAUGUUACUCAAAAAUGCUUAAUAGCUGAAUGUUGGGUUCCUGUGCUUGAUAUUGAAACUAUACAGUUGGCUUUACGACGGGGUACGGAGAGAUCGGGUUCAGCAGUACCACCGAUACUUAAUCGUAUGCAAACCUUUGAAAAUCCGCCAACUUAUAAUCGCACAAAUAAGUUUACAAAGGCUUUCCAAGCACUCAUCGACGCAUAUGGUGUUGCUACUUAUCGUGAAAUGAAUCCGGCACCUUAUACUAUUAUAACGUUUCCUUUUUUGUUUGCUGUAAUGUUUGGUGAUUUGGGUCACGGUGCAAUUAUGGCGUUAUUUGGCCUCUGGAUGAUUCGUAAAGAAAAAGGAUUAGCUGCACAAAAAACAGACAAUGAAAUCUGGAAUAUAUUCUUUGGUGGGCGGUACAUUAUUUUUUUGAUGGGUGUGUUCUCAAUGUAUACUGGUCUAAUAUAUAAUGACAUAUUCUCAAAAUCUUUGAAUAUAUUUGGGUCACAUUGGGAAGUGCAUUAUAACAGGAGUACUGUGGCAAGUAAUAAGUUCUUACAACUAAAUCCUGAAACGAAUGACUACAGUGGAACUCCUUAUCCCUUUGGGAUGGAUCCUGUUUGGCAAGUAGCAAAUGCAAACAAAAUUAUUUUCCAAAAUGCGUACAAAAUGAAAAUAUCUAUAAUAUUUGGAGUUAUUCACAUGAUUUUCGGUGUUGUAAUGAGUUGGCACAAUCACACAUAUUUUAAAAAUCGUCUUUCACUCUUGUACGAAUUCAUUCCACAAAUGCUUUUCUUAAUUCUACUCUUCUUCUAUAUGGUAUUAUUGAUGUUCAUUAAGUGGAAUCGUUAUGCAGCAACAAAUGAGGCUCCCUAUUCUGCAUCCUGUGCACCAUCAAUUUUGAUAACAUUUAUUGACAUGGUUUUGUUCAAUACGCCAAAGCAACCACCCCAGGGAUGUGAAUCUUACAUGUUUGGUGGGCAAGCGUUUUUCCAAAAAUUAUUUGUUUUGGGCGCAUUUGCAUGCAUUCCGGUGAUGUUACUUGGUAAACCAAUUCAAAUAAUGAAGCAACGGAAACAAGCAAAUGAGGAGGUACAACCCAUCACAGGCGCAACUAGUGAUGCUGAAGUUGGCAUGUCAAAUGGAUUAGGAGGCCAUGGCGGUGGAGGUGGUGACCAUCACGAUGAGGAAGAAAUAUCUGAAAUAUUUAUACACCAGGGCAUUCAUACUAUUGAAUAUGUUUUGGGAUCUGUUUCACAUACCGCUUCCUAUUUACGUCUUUGGGCUUUAUCACUAGCUCAUGCACAACUUGCUGAAGUCUUGUGGCAAAUGGUGUUGCGAAUUGGUCUUACUCACGAAGGAUGGUUUGGUGGUGUCGUUCUGACCAUUGUUUUUGCAUUCUGGGCUGUUUUGACUGUUGGAAUUUUAGUUUUAAUGGAAGGGCUUUCAGCAUUUUUACACACAUUACGUUUACAUUGGGUUGAGUUUCAAAGUAAAUUUUAUCAAGGACAAGGAUAUGCUUUUCAGCCAUUUUCGUUUGAUGCUAUAAUUGAAAAUGGGGGAUCUACCAAUCAAACUGAAGCUGAUUAAAUGUACCUUGACAAGUAUCUCGCGUUAUUUCAUUAAAUGAAUUUAUUCUUAUUUAUUGAACAUUUUAUAAACUUAAUUAUAUGUAGUAAAAAUAAUAUACUAGUUAAAUAUUGUGUGGGA